AUGCCGGAGAACACUCGCGGCAUCUUCCAGACAGCACGUGAUGCAGUUGCUGAUGCCCGGGUUCGUGGCCUCUUCUCCAACAAGAAAUAUCGUGAAGCAAGGGACCUGGCCAACGAGCUUCUCCUACGAAGAGAGAUCCUUGGUAAGUCCCAUCCGUCUUGGCAGCAGUGUGCCGAAACAUUGCUUGAGAUCUACUACGUCUCUGGCGAAUAUGAACGGGCAGUCAGGCUCAUGGAAGACGCAAUGCGGUUCACGGACGAGAACUCCCAGCUUUACUUCACGCGCCUUAGUAAGUUGGCAGGGCUACAUGAGAAGAUGGGCGCGUAUGAAUCUGCAGAGCCACUCUAUCUCCAGGCAUUGCAGCUUCGCAAGAGCACCCUAGGAGAUGAGCAUCCCGAUGUGAUGAGCAGCCUCUCCUACCUGGCGGCAUUGUACCGGAAGUUGGGGGCCUAUCAAAAGGCAGAGAAGCAUCUCAAUGAUGCUAAGAGCAUUUUGGACAAGAGCCAGUCAUGGCACAGAAAGCGUGAACCUGUGUACGAGAACUGGCUAGUUUCCAUGGCAAUGCUCCAACAUGCAAUGGGCCGGUACGAGUCAGCGGAGCCUCUCCUGAGCGAGGCCCUUCUUCUGCAAGAGCCUCGUCAAAGCUUGGGCGAGCGGCCGGAACGGUUCUAUGCCACCACCCUGUCCUUGCAUGCAGGCACCUGUGCCGCACUAGGAAUGCAUCAACAAGCCGAAGAGCAUUUUGUGAAAGCUCUGGACAUGAGAAGGGCACUAUUCGGCACGAACCAUCCCCAUGUCGCUGCUUCACUGCAUGAGUUUGGUGUGUACAGGAUGGCUUGCGACAAGUUCUCUGCAGCAGAGGAAGCUUUCAAGGAGUCAGCCCGCAUUCGUGAAACGACUUUGGGUGAGGACCAUCCGCUGCUCGCUGAGUCCCUUUCAGCACUAGCCGAGUGCUAUUGCUUCAAGUCUUUCCAGACGGGCUUCGAGCAAGGCUACCACGAAGCUUUGAAGCUGCUGAAGAAAGUCGGCCAAAUUCGCUUGAAAACCAUCUCGAAGGUUUUGCGCAGUGUGUCAGAAUCUCGACGGUUCGCAUACCUACAGACUAUUGAGAGCACCUUGCAUUUGCUGGUUUCUUUGGUUGUGGGCCCCUUGCACAAAGAUGAGAAUGCCCGGAUAGCAGCCUUUGAUGCAGUGCUUAAGUGGAAGGGAAUCACGUUUGAUGCGCAGCUAGCUGAAGAAAAGGACCCCGAGCUUGCCAUGUUGCGAAACAAGCUGGCGCGGCUGAUACUGGAUGCAUCCAGCCGUGAACAAGUUGAGGAUUGCGAGAUGGAAAUUGAACGAUUGGAGGCAUCGGUAACUCGUUCCAUGGAUUUACGAGAGAGACUUGAGCAGGCAACUGUUGAGUCUGUCACGGACGUAUUACCGGCAGGGUGCCAACUUUUGGAGUUUUUGCUGUACCGACAGACGGACUUUGCAAAGUCCACACAGGCGAGCCGAGCACUCUGCUAUGCCGCUAUGUUGGUUGGCCCAGCAGUUGGGGCUAAAGUCUGGCAUUGCGGAGUCGCCCAAACUAUCGACGACAAGAUUUCACAGUUUCGACGGCUAGUCCAGACGCCUGCACUGCCUAACAGCAUCGGCAGGCGGAAGGACUUUGAUGCCGUUGGCUCCGAGUUGGUUCACUUGCUGCUGGGCCCGCUUCAGGACCAGAGCUUGGAGCAUUUGUUCAUUGCUGCUGAUGGUGAGUUAUCUUGCCUUCCGUUUGCCGCAUUGCCAGGGAGCAGUGGCGGAUUCCUGGCAGAUGCACUGUGGACAGUCAGCUAUCUGCUCAGCGGCCGUGACAUGCUCGGCCGAGAGGUCGCAUCCGGAGGCGGCGAACCUGUGAUUGUGGCAGACCCCGAUUUCGCUUGGCAGGGGCCUCCGAAACCUGAGGAGUUUGGCGCACCUCAUUCUGAGUGCCAACAAUGCAGGUCGGCAGACAUGGACCGAGACAUAAAGUUUGACAAGCUGGGAGCAACCCGAGCAGAAGGGGUCUUUGUGCAUGAGCUACUUGGCGGAACACUUUUGCUAGGCCAAGAAGCCACUGUCAGUCGCUUCAAAAGCAUACACGCGCCACGCAUUUUGCAUGUGGCGACACACGGAUUUUUUCUGAAAGACCAACCAGCAGCUUGUUCAACUCGCUUGGAAGCAGCAUUGUCUACCACAGACAACCCUUAUCUAAGAUCUGGUUUGGCGUUGGCCGGGGCUCAGGCUUGGCAAGAUGGACAGCUGGAGAGUUCUGGAGUCAUCACAGCACAAGAGAUUCGACAAAUGCAUCUGCAGGGCACGGAACUUGCAGUUUUGUCGGCCUGCGACACAGGUUUAGGCGAGAUACGUCGUGGACAGGGUGUGCUGGGCCUGGCUCGGGCAUUUCUCCUGUCUGGCGCAAGGACGGUGGUGAUGAGCCUUUGGCAGGCUGCUUAG